UUUCAUGGGUGGUCACUCUUCAAACGUCAACGGGUUUAAAUUUAAAAUAACGUACUUGCAAUAUUGUGCAAAUGUAAUGAGAAGAAAGUAUUCGGGGACUUUGGAUGAUUUGUCCGUAUAGUUUAUAUUAUUAUUGAUGUUAAGUUUAGGACGAGUGAGCAGAGCAGUGGCUUCAUAUCUGUAAGCUCUUUGCAUCACAACUAUUUAACUAACGCAGAGUAACGUAUUCGUCCGUUUCCCAAAAAAUUUGAAGUUGUUUCAUAAGUUUUCAUAUGAAGAAAACAAUAAUGGGUGCAUUUUUGGCCAAGUACUUCAAUGAAUCAACUGAAGAAAACCGCCGUGACAAGGUCGACACUACCAAAGCAACUCCCAGACGUAAACUUGUAGUGGAUCCUCGUUCGCCUACGAUAGAAAUUUCAAGGACGCCAAUACAGGUGGAAGGCACGCCCAGGCGCUGCAGUGAGGAGGCGCCCCACACAGAGCAGGCCGUGACAGGCGCCAGUGCCGUCGCUGUGAGCCAUCAGCGGGUCAGCGCCCUGCAGCUGCGAAGGGAGAGAGAUCCCAGGUCUCCGUCCUAUGGGAUAGCUCGCACCCCGCUCCAGGUGCCGGGCGGAGACGCGGGGGGACAGCCGGUGGAGCGCGUGCAGGAGAUCCUGAUGUACGAGGGACGCGCCGAGGUCCCCCUGGGGAAGAACUCUCCCAGGGAGACUGCCAACCCCUCCUGCGCCCGCAUCAUGGGGCUGUCCCGGCAGGGCGCGCUGGCGGUGGACGCUGACAUGGUUGGCUUCUUGUCGGGGCUGAGCCAGGCCCUCUCGCUGACCGACACCCAGCAGCAGAGGGUCAUGAGCACGUACCAGGGACACGAGAACCCGGUGCGCGCCAAGACGCUGCCUCUGUCCAAGGAGACCCCGUCCCUGAGGAGGAUGCCUCUGUGCGAUGUCAACUCCCCGCACCAGAUGUGGCGGGGCCACGGUGGCAAGGACCGCCGUGUGUCCCCGCUCUCGGAGAACACCCCGCCGAGCAGACUCCAUGACACCAGCAGGCUGCAUGCUGUCUGGGACCAAGAUGCCACCGUCGUCAUAUGACCCCUGCCACGCCGCCUCCAGACCUGCGGCUUGUGCCUCGCCUGUAACUGUCAAGUGUAAAUUAAACUGUAAAUAAAUAAUCCAAUAACACAA